UACCCGUGAUGAUCUUAUCAAUUGGGUUCAUGGAAUUGCGAUUGAAAAUGGAUAUGUUACGUUGAUCACAAAGUCAUAUUAUGGUGGGAAUGGAAGCAGAAAAGCUUAUGUCAUGUUGGGGUGCGAGAAGCAUGGUAAAUAUGUUCCUUAUAGAGACCCUGACCUUGUUGAAGGGACGAGAUCACAAAAGACAGGUUGUCCUUUUAGACUAAAAGGACGACCUAGGAAAAAUGGCAUAGAUAGAGAUUGGCGGCUAAAGGUGAUGGAAGGUAUACACAACCAUGAACCAGCUAGGUCACUACUUGGGCACAAUUUUGUUGGUCGUCUAAAACCCGGAGAGAAGGAGCAAGUGGAAAAAAUGACAAGGAGUUGGGUUCCACCGAGAAAGAUGUUGUUGACUUUGAAGGAAAACAAUCCUUCAAACUUGACUACCAUAUCUCAGAUUUAUGGUGUUUGCAAGAGGUUAAGAAAAUCCCUCCGCGGGGGAUUGACAGAAAUGCAACACUUGUUGAAGAAGUUGGACGGUGACAAGUAUGUCCACUUUGAAAGACAUGAGCCUGGAUCGGAAGUCAUUAGAGAUGUAUUUUGGGCUCAUCCAAAUGCUAUCAAAUUGUUCAACACAUUCCCGUAUGUAGUGAUUAUGGAUUGCACAUACAAGACAAACAAAUAUGCAAUUCCCUUGCUUGAGAUUGUUGGACUGACUUCCACAGAUAAGACAUACUCCAUAGCCUUUUGCUACAUUGUUAAUGAGGGCACAGAUGACUACGUUUGGGCACUGGAGUGUAUGAAGUCUCUAUUAGCUGAUCAAGCCAUGUUGCCUAAGGUGAUUGUUACUGACAGGGAUCUUGCCUUAUUGAGUGCUGCUAAGCAAAGCCUUCCUAACACUACACAUUUAUUAUGCUUGUGGCACAUCAACAAGUGUGUUUUGGCAAAGUGCAAACUCUAUGUUGGCACAGAUGAUUUUGCUGAGUUGGUUAUGAUGAAGUGGGCAGAGGUGGUGGAUGCUGCAACAGUUGAAGAAUUUGAAGUGAAAUGGAUGCAAUUGUUUAAUAUGUGCAAGGCAAAAUACAGCAACUUUACCUCCUAUUGUUCUACUACAUGGUUGGUUCACAAGGAGAAAUUCGCCAAGGCAUGGACAAAUCAUGUGAUGCACUUUGGAACAACAACAAGUAACAGGGCUGAGGGUGCACAUGCCAGUUUGAAGAAGAUGUUACGGGAUUGCAAGGGUGACCUGGCCACUUCAUGGGAUGCGUCGCAUAGUUUGACAUGUAAUCGACAUACUGAAAUAUUAGCAUCGUUUGAGCGCAGUAUUCACAGAAUUGAUCACAUUUUCAUGUUCCCAUUUUACACAAAUAUUAGAGGAUUUGUGUCAAACAAAUGCCUGCAGCUCAUCGACGUUGAACAUAUAAGAAUGAAGUCCUACGGCGGAUGCGAUUGCUUGUUGAGAGAGACUCAUGGACUACCUUGCGGUUGUGAACUUGCAGGUUAUGAAAGAAUUCCAUAUGAGUCAAUUCAUCCAUUCUGGAAGAGACUGAGUUGGGAGCAUGUACCUGAACCUGUUGCAGAUACUACCAGCAACCAUAUUUGCGGCAUGAACCAUGGAGAUAUGCAACCAGAAGUUGAGGCAUUGACACAUUAUUUCAGUUCUUUGGAUACUGGAGGGCAGAGUAUGGUAAGGAGGAAGCUUCAAGCGAUCUAUUGUCCUGAAAGCAGUUCACUUUGUACUCCUGCGGUUAAGAUAAGGUCCAAGCGCACUCUUAAGGCGAAUGAGAAAAUACCACCCAAGAAUAAAGCAAUAGGAUCCUUGACUCGUGAUCUUUCAGGUUUUGAACAUGUUGAUAGGGAGAUCAGAGAGGCAAAGAAGGUUUCACAACCACCAAAGAAGAAGAAGCGUGUGAAGAAGUCUGAUACAAGCUAUUUCAUGGGUCAUUUUCCAGCCUUUUUCCACCCAUAUAUACAAACAGUUCAGAAUGUUGAGGAUGAUGGUAACUGUGGCUAUAGAGCCGUUGCUGCAUUACUCGGACUACCAUCAGGUGAGGAAAGUUGGUUAUGGGUUAGGGCAGCGUUGAUAGAAGAACUUGAACGACACAGAGGGUUGUAUGAUGAAAUGUGGUCCAGACAUGUGGUUAAUGCCUUACAUUCCCGACUCACUCUUCCUUCUGGUGAUCCGGCUACCGAUGAUAAAUGGAUGCAACUGCCAGAGAUGGGAUACCUUGUAGCAACCAGGUUCCAAGUGGUUUUCAUAUCCAUCUCCUCUACGGGUUGUUGGUCAUACCUUCCACUAAGAGGAGAAGGUCCACCGGAUGUACAUCAUGUUAUAGCUGUUGGUCAUGUGAUAAAUCACUUUGUACAGCUCCAUCUAACUCCUGGACAUUCUAUGCCGCCAAUUGCUCUCCAGUGGGAACGGUAUGUUGAUCCUACAUCAGUAAGCUGGUGCGCCCCAUAUGGUACACGUUUAGGCAGAUUCACAUCAGAAUUCGAAGCUUGGCUUGUUACUUUUGGUGUUCCUCUUAGUCACCAAAGCUAUGUAGACAUCACCUCAGAUUGACACCACACUUUUGUGUGAUAUUCAUUUGUAAACGCUCUGUAAUAUUAAUCUGAUGGGCCUUGCCUUUAUGAUGUUCAUUUGUUGCUUUUAAUAAUAUUAAUUUGAUGGUCAUUGUUAUAUUGAUGGGCCUUAUUAUUUUGAAUCAGCAUCAGGGAUAAUUAACAUAGACAACCACUCUGUCAUCAGAGUCCUGUCAUUUUCAUCCACCCCAUCAUCAGAGUCCUGUCAUUUCCAACCACCCCAUCAUCAGAGUCCUGUCAUUUCCAACCACCCCAUCAUCAGAGUCUUGUCAUUUUCAUCCACUAAAUGACGAACUUGAAACCUGACAUUACUAUCUACCACCAACCAACCCCAACCACACUUGUAUUAUCCACCAAACACCAUAAAU